UGAACAAACAAGCACGCAAUUUCCCUCCAACGAAAAAGUAAAGAGAUAACAAAAGGAAUAAUUUUUUAUUUUCUAUUUUGAAACAGAGUAGACUAAUUUUGGCUCUUAAAUAAAGCAGCAGUAAAAAAAAAGAAGAAAACAAAAUAAAUUUCAAAUUCACAAGAUCUUCUCUCAUUCUGCAAAGUAAACUAGUCUACAGAAACUCUGCUGUCUGAAAAUACACAAAAUAGAAAGAGAGAGAAAUUUGAGCUAAUUUUGAAGAAAAAAAAAAAGAAAUGGAAGAAGGAGGAAGUUCAGAGAGAAAUGAUAGGGUGCGACGACGCGUAGGGUUAGUGUAUGAUGAAAGAAUGUGCAAACAUCAUACUCCUGAUGGUGAAGAUCAUCCUGAAUGUCCUGAUCGUAUUAGGGUUAUCUGGAAUAAACUUCGCACUUCUGCUCUAAUCGACAGGUGUGUUGUUCUGCCUGCUAAGGAAGCGGAAGAUAAAUACAUACAAUAUGUUCACUCCAAAAGCCAUGUUGACCUGAUACGUAAUAUAAGCUCCAAGCAGUAUGAUUCUCGCAGGGACAGGAUUGCUUCAAAAUUUAAUUCCAUAUACUUAAACAAAGGUUCAUCAGAAGCAGCUGUUUUAGCUGCAGGCUCUGUUGUAGAGGCUGCAGAGAAAGUGGCCAAUGGGGAGCUCAAUUCUGCUUUCGCGAUUGUGAGGCCUCCUGGUCAUCAUGCUGAGGAAAAUGAGCCCAUGGGUUUUUGUCUAUUCAAUAAUGUGGCUGUUGCAGCUAGUUAUCUGUUGAAUGAAAGGCCAGAAUUGGGCAUUCACAGAAUUUUGAUUGUUGAUUGGGAUGUCCAUCAUGGCAAUGCCACUCAGAAAAUGUUUUGGAAGGAUUCUCGUGUUCUUUUCUUCUCGGUACACAGGCAUGACUUUGGAUGUUUCUAUCCUGGAACUGAUGAUGGCUCUCACAUUAUGAUUGGAGAAGGACCAGGGGAAGGAUACAAUAUUAAUGUACCCUGGGAACAUGGUCGCUGUGGUGAUCCGGACUAUUUUGCCGUCUGGGAUCAUAUAUUGAUCCCAGUUGCUAAGGAAUUCAACCCAGACAUAAUCAUAGUUUCUGCCGGGUUUGAUGCAGCUGUUCGUGAUCCUCUUGGUGGUUGUUGCAUAUCUCCAUAUGGGUACUCUGUUAUGUUAAACAAGCUAAUGGAUUUUGCUCAAGGUAAAGUUUUACUUGCACUGGAAGGUGGGUAUAAUCUUCAGUCUUUGGCAAAUUCCGUUCAUGCUUGUGUGCAAGUAUUGUUAGAAGAAAGGCCAAUCAUUGGAUCAUGUGAGGCAUAUCCAUUCGAAUCAACAUGGCGUGUCAUAGAAAAUGUUCGGCAAACGUUAAGUGCGUAUUGGCCAAGCCUCGCCAAUGACUUACCAAAGAAGUUAACAAGCCAGAAAUCCCAGCUGCUGAUUGACGUGAGCUCUGAGUCUGAAAGUGAAGAUAUUGAGGGAGCCAUCGAGGAUAUUAUACAACCCCUUUCAGCACUGAAAGUUGAUGAAGAUCAGAAGAAUGCUUCCGCCUCCUGGAGACCUGAACUCAAGCUAGUUGAUAUUUGGUACGCGUCUUUUGGGUCAAAUAUGUGGAAACCAAGAUUUCUUUGUUAUAUCCAAGGUGGACAGGUGGAAGGUAUGCAAAAGCCAAGUUCUGGCUCCAUGGACAAAAGCCUGCCAAAAGAUGUCAUGUGGAAGAAUAUUCCGCAUAGAUUGUUCUUUGGCCGGGAUUAUACUCAGACAUGGGGUGCUGGAGGAGUUGCUUUCAUUCAUCCUGAAAGUAGUGCUGUGGAAAAAACUUAUGUCUGCAUGUAUAAAAUUACAUUAGAGCAGUUUAAUGAUGUUUUGUUCCAAGAGAACACCUCAAGCUGUGAUGUUAAUUCUCCUUGGUUUAGUUCGGAAAUUCUGGAUGCUGUUAAAAAUACUGGAUCUAUUUCCAUUGUUAAGGGAGGUUGGUAUCAUAAUGUUGUCUAUUUGGGCGAGGAGCAGGGUUUACCUAUCCUCACUAUGACGUGUGAUCUGCAUGAUUUUCAGGCCUUCCAAUCUGGAAAAGUGCCGCAGUGUGCUCCUGCCAAGGCUUACGCUAAUACCUUGAUCAAAGGACUAUCAGAAGGGGGACAGCUCUCUGAAGCAGAAGCUGCGGCCUACAUUGCAGAAGCUGCUGCAAGAUCCCUCUAAUUCUAGGAGGCUAUACUGUGGAGGUUAUUCUUUGGGGAGGUCAUUGACUAAUGAUGAAUGUGCAUAGUUGCUAACACAGCAGAAUCUGUAUAUAUCCUGUGCAUUACCAAGUGAAGCAGGCUAUUUUUUUGUAGAUUGUCUUGGUACACAUUCUUCGAAGCUGCAUUAUAAGUUGUCCACUUGUCCUAUUGUCAAUUGUGAUUCUGCGUAUUUGUUGCGAUGUAAGGACGCAAGAUACAGUGAUUUUCAUCAGAUUCAGAAGUCAAUUACGAAUUAUGUAUACUA